AUGCAAACGCACGAUUUACUUCUCUCGCCUGCUGCGGCUGCUACCACCUCUUCUACAAGCGGAACUGAUUUCUACUUUUCAUCCUUGCUCGGUAGGGUCUACACGACCGAUAAUGAGAAUGAUACCAACAAUAAGAAUAGAAUUUGCUUCACUCUGGAUGGAACGAAAUUACUUUCUCCUGCCGGAAAUAGAAUUACUACGGUGGAUUUUGCAUCAAAUUCUAGCAAGACAAGUUUUUAUGGACACAAGUACAAUAUUCAGUCAUUUUGUUUACUUCAUAACAAUAGAGCUUUAUGUACGGUUUCUCAGGACGGAACCAUGACAUUGUUGAGUUAUCCAAAGGGAGUCAUUUUGUCGAAAUUUGACAAGUUUUUGGAGCCUCGUGUGGAUAGUGUCGUUCCAUCUCCGAAUGGACAAUUGGUCUGUUUCCUUGGUUCUAAGUGCUCAAUUUACAAAUUCCAAUCGACUGUCUCUCCCCAAAAUAAUCUCUUCAAUGACACUUCCAUGCUUCACCAAACAUCUUCGCGACCAAUUAAAUUGGGUGAUGUUAAGGAGGCUGUUUGUCAUACUUGUGCCGAUUGGAUUGGUUCGCAGUUUCUUGCUGUGGGAACCAAUGAGGGUAUUGUUCAUGUUUAUAAAUUAGAUUUGGAACAAAGUAGCGGUAUUGAAAUGGUUGACCUCUUUUCCAAUCAUCACGCCCUUUCAGGCAACAAGGAUGAAAUUGUUGGAUGCUAUUUCGUUUUCAACAAGACACAACGAAAAAAGAACCCAGGUCAAAUUUAUUCCAUCGACACAAAGGGAUGCUUUUUACAUUGGGCAUUCAAUCCAACUAAGAAACAAUGGCAAAUUUUGAAAAAGGUCGAGUUAUCGAGCAAGAUAGAUCCAUCUAAGAAAAAUAAGCAAACACGAGGAGAAGGAAAAUUAAGAAUCAAGUGUUGUAGCUAUCAUCCAACUGCCAACUUGUUAAUUUAUGGUAUUGGAAAUUCAGGAUGUUUUGAAAUUUUUGACAUUGAAAAUCAACAAAUUAUUUACAGAUUGAGCAAACCACAUAAUAUUGACGGCAUUCAAUUUUUGACCAACUCUUCCUCCAUUGAGCAAUUAUUAUUGCAGAAUCAACAACCAAAUUCCGUAGUUAACAUUACUUCCAACAAGAUGGAUGAAGACAAUGACAUUUCUACCGAUGUUACUCUCCCAAACAGCACAUGGAUUGCAUUUUCAAAGGAAAAUCAACUCGCUGUUUUCGAUUAUGAAAGUGAAACAUUUAUUUAUAACCAAUCCAACCACGCUUCACAAAUUCAAACAUGUUGCUACAAUGAAAAUGGACAGCUACUUGCAAGUGGUGACUUUCAAGGAACCAUCAAAGUAUUCUCAACGGAAAACAAUCAAUGUUUUUGCAACUUACCCAAUGCUCACUCUGGUCCCAUCACAGGAAUGAUAUUCAGUAGACCUCCUGGAUCAAGAGACGCUGCUCUCUAUACAAGCAGUCUCGACGGUACUGUGAGAGCUUUUGACGUUUUGAGAUACAAACAAUUUAGAAUGUUCACAAGUUUAGAUGCUGAAGGGUUUUCAUGCCUCACUGUGGAUCCAAGUGGUGAAAUUGUAAUUGCAGCAGGAAAUACGACCUAUAAUAUUUACAUGUGGAAUGUACAGACAAAUCAAUUGCUAGAAGUGAUCAAAUCACACACAGCUCCUAUCACUCGUCUUCAAUUUUCUGUUUCCAGCGAAUCGACUCUCAUUUCGAGCUCUUGGGAUAAAACUUGCAAGGUUUGGAAUAUUUUCAGUUCAAAACAAGCUGCAGAACCUAUUGAAUUUUCGGCUGAAAUUUUGGAUUGUGCUGUUCGACCAACAGAUGGAGCUGAAUUGGCUGCGGUCAUUAUGAAUGGUGAAAUUCAAUUCUUUGACUUGUUGAACGUGAAAGCUCUUGGAUACAUUGACUGCAAACGAGACAUUCAAACUCUCUUCUCCAAUCCAAACGGUGACUACUUUUCAUGCAUUGCCUACACUGGUGACGGUCAAAACGUCUUGUGUGGUGGUAAAUAUCAACCAUUUGUAUGCAUGUAUAAUGUGGGGCAGAAGGUGUUGAUCAAACGAUUUAUUGUUAGUUUUAACAUGUCAUUGGAAGGAAUGUUCGAUAUGGAUUUAUUGAAUCCACUCAUUAGGAAAUUAAGAGAUGACAGAAAAGACACCCGAAAGAGUGGCAACAAGAGUAAGAAAAUUGGUGAACAAGUCAUUCCUGGAAACCAAUUAGAACUGAAACCCAAUAUUCAAGUAGAUAGAAUUUGUGUGAGUCCAACCAAUAGUGAAUUUGCACUCGUUUCACCCAAUGAGGGAGUGUUAAUAUUUACCAAUUUGACGAAAGAAGGGUCAUUCCAGCCACUCGAUAUUGAUCCAUCCAUCACACCUGAAUCUAUUUUAGCACUACUUGAGAAGGAAAGCUAUACUGAAGCUUUGAUUAAUUCGAUUCGGUUGAAUGAACCAAAUAUUUUGGCCAAAGUGUUCAAUGCCAUUCCUGUGGAAUCAGUGCCACUCAUUGUGAGAUCGAUUCCUGACAAUUAUCUCGAUCGAUUUUUACAAUUUUUAGCCAAAGAGACAGUCGAGUCCAAGAGAUUACAAUUUUGCAUGUUGUGGCUGAAAUCUGUGCUCGCCCAGAGAAAGUUGUCGAGUGCAGCUCAUGGUGCCAACUUUAGAUCAUUGGUGAGAGCGUUACAACAAAAGAUGGCAACAUUGUCCUAUCUCACACAACAAAAUCAACACACACUCGACUUUUUAUCGAGCUUUACCAAGCCAAAGAGAAAUAUUCUUGAGGAAGAGAAACAACAGAAAAAGAAGGAACCAAAGAAGCCAGAGAAUGAAGUCGUGAGAGAAGAAACUUUAGAAGAGCAAAAAUUGAAGGCCAUGCUAAAGGCAAGCAGUGCUACCAAGUAA